AUGAAUCCAUCACAAGAGGGAGCCCAAAACGGAGUCGAUGCAGCCAUCUUCCAAGUUGCGGCAGAAUCCAAGUCUGAUUCCAGCCAGGGCAUGGUAAAAGACGCGGCAGCAGUCUCGGUAAACGAUAGAAGCGACGCCCAUGCUGACACGCAGCGUUCCUGCGAGCGAUAUCCUGGCAACCAGACGAGUACAUCAUGCGAGAAUAUCGACGAACCGAAAGGCUGGAAAGCCGACGACGGGCGAAACCCGAUCCUGGCGACCAUAACCACCGAGCCGUGCUCGAACAAGCCCAGUUGCGAAGACUCUGCCACCAGGCCGCAGCUCAACACCACCUCCACCAUGAGGAGCAUCAAUCCGAAGCCCGUCGUACGGCAGACGCGAUGGCGGUACUUCAGCGGCUGGAUCGUGCACCUCCCAGCGCUGGUCUUGACAAUAGGCGUGGCUGUUGUGAGCCACCAGAGGCUAUUCUGGUACCCGUACUCGGGCGUGAAGGUCGGACGGCUCGAUCUGACGGCCGACGACCUCAACAACAUCCUCCAGCUGCCGGCCAAGAUACACGAGAUCUUCAUCGUAGCCUCGCUGUCGGCGAUCGGGCUGAACAUGUUUCGGCGGCGGUUGAUCGGCGACGGUGUCCGGCUCGGGUUCCUCACCGGCGGCUAUCGGGUAGGAGACCUCGAAUAUCUCAUUAGCCCGGCGUUUUGGCGGCAGGGAACCUCCGGUUUGCAACUGUGGGAUAUCCUUCUCGCCGCUUACCUCGUCUUCGCAACGAUCUUGUCGGCGCUUGUCGGACCAGCGUCGGCAAUUCUCCUGAUCCCAACGCCAGGGUGGUAUCCCUUGGAUCACGAUCUGGCGUUCAAUAACAUCACCAUGCCGAUGGUGUACUUCUCGAAACACGAGAGUGUCUGGCCGGAAUACUUCAGCCCGGACAGGGCCCCGUGGACGGACAAACCGGUCUUUGGCCCGGUCGUUGUGAACAAAUGCACGGGCGUCCAGGGGAUCUACCAGAGCGACUGCGCCGCCGGGGGGUUCUCUGAGAUCUGGAACUGGGCUGAGAGCUUUGGAUCUAACAACCUGCAAGACAACAUCACAUUCCAGACACUGAACAUCCGGCGAAACCUGAUGUUCACCCAAUCCAACCGGUCGACAACGAUCGCCACGACGCCCUCAAGGUUCUUCGCGACAAGUGUCGGCCUGUUUGAGAAGUACGUGCAGCAGAAUCCGGUGGGCCAGUUGUCGAGGGAAGCUCGCUACAAGCUGGAGCCUAGGGGGGUUCGCUCGACAGAUACUCGGAUGAACCAGCCCAUAUACCAACCCCUUGUGCAAUCCAAAUGCAAAGUCCACCACAAAGAUGACGUGAUCUCAUCGGGUCUACCGGUGUACUACCCGACAGACUAUCUGAACUGCUUCAACGACUCGACGUGCCGGCAGGUCCAAGAGCAACCCCGGAACUUUUUCCUGACGUGGAUGAACCAGUCGCAGUGGAUGUACCGGCCAACCGCCUCGAUAUUCCGCACGCAGGGCAGGGGAAGCCCGGUCAUCAAUAUCGCCGGCCAGGUCCCGGUCGGGGUGCUGAACGGGCAGAAAGACUUGAUUUACGGCUGCAGCCUCCUCGCCAGCUGGGUCGCGGCCAAUUACACCUUCGACCCCUGGGUGAGCCACACGCUCCAGUCCAGCGUCAAUAGCGUGGACGUCAUGAGAGAGAUCGUCGGCCGAGAUUCGCUGGAGGGCGGGCGCGUCAUCAGGUUCAACGAAAGCUGGUUCCCGUUUCUGGACCCCAGGUUCAACGUGACGGGGGACGACAACCUUCCCGAGCCGUCCAGCGCCGUUCUCCGACUGUUGGACACCUUCACCACCACGCAAGACGUGAACGGCACAGCGCAGACAGUCCUGGCCGCGGUCGAGUCCGGCAACAUCCCCGCGGCGGAGCUACUGAUGCAGAAGUUGUUCGCCGUGUACCUCACCGACGGCCUGGCCCGGACGGGGUCGGGCGAGGGCGCGGGCCUGAUCCUGGAGGAGAGCGAGACGAGCAUCGUGGGCGUGGACCUGCUCUCGCAGCACGGCUACUUCGGCGGCGUCAACUACUUCGACGCGCUCAACGCGACGCACUCGACGUGGCGGAAGCAGAACAUGACGACGGUCGUGAACCAGACGAUCGCGGAGCUGUCGGCCAGCAUGUCCUCGGGGUACGUCCACAUCGACUUCGACGCGCAGCGGUACGGGUACGGCUCGGGGGACCCGCGCACGACGCUGCGGUUCGCCAUGGCCGUCAUGAUCAUCUACCUGGCCACGGUCACGGCCUACGCCCUCCUCAUCGCGGGCGCCCAAGUGCUGGAGCACUACAAGAUCGAAUGGAGGGGCAAGCCGGUGCGCGUCUGGAGCGUCAUGCCCUGGGGUAAGUUGGAGGACCUUUCGGUGCUCGCCCUGAGGUCGCAGCCGCCCGCUGACGAGAACUUGACGAGUUCCGGGCAGGACGCCAAGGAGGGGAGGGUGUGGGAGAGGGUUGUGAGAGUCAGGGCGGAUGAUCGGCAGAAUCUGCACCUGGUCUUGGAUGAAUCACGGCCGAUGCAGCGGGUACAAACCGCAAACGGUGGCUUGUAUUUUUGA